AUGAUGUCUCAUCUAUUCAAUGUCCAACAUCCUCAUAUGAUGAAUAAAUCUUCUUCAUCAUCCUCAAAUUCCAAUAUUCCCCUAUCAGAACAUAUAAAACGGCCAAUGAAUGCCUUUAUGGUAUGGUCUCGUGGGCAACGUCGAAAAAUGGCUCAAGAAAAUCCUAAAAUGCAUAAUUCAGAAAUAAGUCGUCGUUUAGGUAUUGACUGGAAAUUAUUAAACGAUGAUCAAAAACGACCAUUUAUUGACGAAGCAAAACGCUUACGUGCAUUACAUAUGAAAGAACAUCCAGAUUAUAAAUAUCGUCCUCGUCGUAAACCGAAAUCUUUAAUAAAAAAAGACCGUUUUCCAUUCCCAUUUCCAACCUUUGCUCCUCCACCACAUCAUCAUCAUCAACAUCAUCAUUCCCUAUCGAAUAAAGAUUCAAUGGAUUUAUCAACACAUUCAUCAACCGAUGCAAUGUCCGUUCAACAACAAAUCAAUGAUUCCUUUGCAUUAAAUCUUGAAAAGUGCCGUUCAUUAUUACCACCACCACCUCCAACAUCACUUUAUCCAUAUUCAACAGGAAAAUUAAGUGAUUUCUCUACGGCAGCACUUGCCUAUAAUCCACUUGCAUAUGCAGCAGCGUUUUCCUCACAUUAUCCAUAUAGUAGUAUGUUAUCAGCAAGUUUAGCAGCAGCAGCCGCUGCCACAUCCUCAUCAUCACCGCCAAGUGUAUCAUCGCCAUCUUCAUCAUCAUCAAAUAAUUCAACAAAUCAUUACCAUUUUGGUAUGCAAACCGAGAAAAUUCAUCGACCACAAGCAAUUUUACCUGGUAAAAUACAAUAA